UUCAUGUUGCUCUGUCAGGAAUUUGAACAAAGGGGUCAUUUAUCCUUUUGGAUGCAAAGUCAGGUAUAAAAGCAGCAGGAGCACAUGGAUAAAAUUGGGCAGUCAUUUGCAUCCAAAACAGUUGCCAGUAUAGCCAUGACCAUGGGCAAGAUCAUCUUCUACGAGGAAAGGAACUUCCAGGGUCGCUCCUAUGAGACCAGCAGCGACUGUGCUGACAUGUCCUCCCACCUGAGCAGGUGUCACUCCUGCAGAGUGGAGAGCGGCUGCUUCAUGGUCUACGACCACACAAACUUCAUGGGAAACCAGUUCUUUGUGAGGAGAGGAGAGUACUCUGACUAUCAGCGCAUGGGCAUGAGCGAUUGUAUUAGGUCUUCCCGUAUGAUCCCCAUGCACAGAGGCCAGUUCAGGAUGAGGAUCUAUGAGAGGGAGGACUUUGGUGGUCAGAUGCAUGAGCUGAUGGACGACUGUGACUCCAUUGUGGACCGCUACCGCAUGUCUGACUGCAUGUCCUGCCAUGUGAUGGACGGUCACUGGCUGAUAUAUGAGCAGCCCAACUACAGAGGCAGGAUGAUGUACCUGAGGCCUGGAGAGUACAGGAGCUUCAAGGAGAUGGGAAUGAGUGGGAUGAGGUUCAUGAGCAUGAGGAGGAUCAUGGAUUCCUGUUAUUAGACCUGUUCAAUGUUACAACACAAGCUUUCAAAUAAAAUGUGGCGAUUCUCUUUUA